AUGAAACAGUUGUAUCCGGGUAAAGCGGGAAUCGUUUAUUGCUUGUCGAGGAAAGAGUGCGAAAGUGUGUGCACAUCACUGAAGAAGGCGGGUGUUCGAGCAGAAGUGUAUCACGCUGGUCUGCCAGAUAAGGAAAGGGUGCAGGUUCAACACCGUUGGCUAAGAAAUAGCAUAAAUGUAAUUUGUGCAACUAUAGCGUUUGGCAUGGGUAUAGACAAGCCAGAUGUCCGAUUCGUUAUCCACUAUAGCUUACCUAAAUCCAUCGAAGGCUACUAUCAAGAAACUGGAAGAGCUGGACGAGAUGGGAAUCCGUCUUACUGCCUUUUAUUGUACAGCUACCAAGAUGCAAUAAGGCUAAGAAGAAUGAUCGAGGCUGACGAUAGCCAAGCACCAGCUAGCGUGCGCUCAAUGCAUCUACAGAACAUCUAUCAAGUGGUUUCAUACUGUGAAAACAUCUCGGUUUGUAGGAGAAAAAUUCUUGUAGAACAUUUUGGCGAGAUACUCCGAGAGGAUUUUUCACUAUUUUUAAGGGAAAAUCAAAGCAUUGGUGGAAAUGUAUCUAAGAAGCGUUAUAAAUCCCUUGCCCUGAUAGCUGUACUAUUUCUUAACAAUUCAUUUUUCAGAUAUCUUGCUGAGUUGUUCCGCGGGCAACUGCAUAAGAAAGACGCAGAACAAGCCAUGCGUUUGGGGCAUACGGCUUUGCCAUUUUAUGGACGAGGUAUAGGGAUGUCAGAUCAGGACUCCUUGCGUUUUCUGAGAAGGAUGGUGGUUGAAGGCUAUAUUGAAGAGCGCCUCUAUCGCACAAAGUUCGAAAGUACCGUAGCAUACGCAGAGCUGUCUGCCAAAGGUAGACAAAUGGUCAUGAGCGGGACGAAACCGAAGGUUUACCUUCAUGUUACCACUGACAAGAAAAGAAAAUCCAUUGCAUCUGAUCUUUUGGCUAGGACAGCAGUUUCAGAAGCAAAGGCCUUGAAGGAGAAGACGAAUACAGAUCUGCUGCAAGUAGACUCCAUGACAUCGACAAAGGUGGAGAAAUAUGGAGCGCGCAUUAUGAGCGCUCUGAAGCCAUUCUGGAAGGAA